AUGUCUAUCACGCCCUCGCUGCAGGCUGCUGCCCGCUCGGCAUAUAGAUUAUUAUGGAGGGCCUCUGCAGUCACAUUUGCCGGUGAUGAACCCAUCCUGCAAGCAUUCAGACACAAAAUGAGGACGGAAUACGUGCAAGGACGCGCGCAGACGGAUCCAAAAGCCUAUGAGGAGAAGAUCAAGCUUGCGAGUGAGGUCGCUGAGGUCCUCCGGCGAAACUUCGUCCAGGCUCGAAAAGUUGAACAUAAUGCAGAAACCGAUAGCGAAGUCUGGCGUGUACGUCUGACCGAGUACUCCGAGCUCGGGGACAACGAGACUAUGCUGGGCAAGCCUGAACCGCCAGACCACGUUUUCUCCGAUAGGAAAGCACGGAAAUGCAGCGAGGCGAGUUCGUCUACCUCGGCCGACAGUGGAAGUUCAGGCCCGUCUCAAACUUUAUAUUACUCCCAACUCAAGAAGGCCCAUCGACAGCGCGUAGUUCCCGAGCUUAAAGAAGCAGAUUUAGAGGAAUCUUUUGUUCGCGGCAGCGGGCCCGGUGGCCAAUCUAUCAAUAAAACCCGUAAUAAUGUUCAGUUAUAUCAUAAACCUAGCGGUAUUCGUCUAUCUUGUCAAGAAACCCGUUCCCUAGAGCAAAAUCGGAAGAUAGCUCGUAAGAGAUUGCUCGAGAAGCUGGACGAAUACUAUAAUCCUGGAUUGUCGAAGAUCGAUUUGGGGAAAGCCAAGCAACAUGAGCGAGAGCGUAGACGUCGAAAGAAGGCAAAAAAGAAGGCGAAGGAGAAGGCGAUGCUGGAGGGCAACGGGGACGAUGACGACUGA